UAUCAUAUCUAUUCUUGGUUCCGUACCAAUGAUAGGUAGUUUUACUCAUAUGGUACACACAAUAAUGAGUGGAGAAUACAAUCGUGUGGCUGGAGACAUAACAUACAUUUCUUCAUAUUUAACAAGUUAUAUUGCGGUUUGGGCAUUCAUCAUUAAAUUGAACCGUGUUGCCGAGAUACAUAUUUUUUUGGCGGAUAUUGAAACAUUCGGAAAACCUCAAGAUUUUGAUCGUAAUAAUAACAAUUUCAAUAAAUACUCAAAAAUAAACUACGUCUUCGUGGAAUUUAUGGUGUGGACUUCAGUUUCUGGUUCGAAUAUAUUCCAAACCAAGAAUUGCCAAGAGGAAAAUUUGAAAUUUAAUUUGACGGAAGUUUGUGGGCUAGCUACAUAUACGUGGUUACCAUUUGAUAUUGAUUAUAGUCCCGUGAAAGAGAUCUAUUUAAUGUUUCAAAUAUUUGGAGUUCAUCUUUUAUACGUAGUAUGUGGAUUUAUGGCUUGGCAGGUAUUCGAAAUUACACAACACAUAAUAAUUAGGAUGAGAGAUGUCAAAUACGUGAUGUUCAAAGCCUUAAACCAAGAAGAUCCUUUGAAAAGAAAAAAUCAGUUACAUUUUGCGAUUAGAUACCAUAAUGCUCUUUUCGGCUUGGUAGACAGAGUUAAUGAAAUCUUUGGUCCUUUCAUGUUUACGCAUAUGGUUGUAACAUCAAUUAUAAUGGGGACAGGCAUAUACAUGUUUUUACAUUCUAAUUCGUUAUCAAGCAUGUUUGUAUUUAUUGGAUGGCUUUGGGGAUUGUGUAUGGUUUGCUUCAGCGGUCAACGUCUACAAAAUGAGUCAUCAGAAUUGGCAGUCGCAGUUUACGACUUACCAUGGUAUGAUUGUGACCAAGAAUUGAAAAAAGAUGUUUUGUUUGUCUUGCAUAGAUGUCAAGAAUUUCAAGUAUUGAACGCUGAAGCAUUCGGAAUUAUGGAUAACGAAAUGUUUUUGGGGGUUCUGAAACUCACUUACUCAUACAUAACUUUAUUAGGCAAUGUAUAAGGAAUCUAAUUACAAAACUAUGGAAUUUAUUAGAAAAAUUUAGCUAAUCGUUGUUGUCGUCAAUAAAUAUUGUAAUUAUGAU